UGCUUACUCUCGGGAGGGUAUGUAUGACUUAUCUUCAUCACCGUCAACCACAGUGAGCUCCACUCUCAAGACGCUAACUUCCCGCUUCGAACAUCCAGAAAAUAGUCGAAACGACGAAGAAAUACCUGCAAGUUGGUCUGGGAUGUGGGGUACCCGGUUAACGUCCACUACGACCAUCAAUGGCAGGGUUGCACGUGGCGUUCACGGCAGGUCGUUCAGCGCUUCUUCAGCGUCUGCCCCUUCUUCAUGGGCACUCCAGCACCCGGUAUCUAUGUCUAUUAGCACUAAUCAGAAACCACCUGUUGUGUGGUGGCCAUUAUCGUCGUCUGCCAGAGACAUGCCGCUAUCCAGUUCAGUGUCGACAGAUGGCUCACCAUCAUCGUCGCGUCCGCCAUCUCCAGGGAUGUCGCUACUAAACGAGGCGUUGAGUGACAGCAUCCUUCCGACAUUUCCUCCACGCGCACGACUGCCUCAAUCCUUUUCGCCUGCUCGCCUGCUCAGUCGUCCACCUCCAUUACUCAGUAAUCUGUUAUCAACUCUCCCGUCAGUAUCUGUGACUUCUAUUCCUCCACACAAUCAAAAUGGACUCCCUUCAUCCUCUGCAGACUCCGUAGCUCACACCGACGAGCCACGUAUAUCGCUGAACCACUCCCUACCCACCCAUUCGUCCAUCGAUACACUGCGUUCGAUCCAUGCAUCUACCACACCACAGAUUGCGCCCCCUCCUAUUCCAAGCAAAUGGUGGUUUCAAAGUGAUUCAGACUCGGGGAUUAAGGACAACGUGGGCAAGCUCCUCAAUGAGGAAGAUCAGGCUUCAUCGUUGAAUAAAAUCCAUCAGAAGUAUCGUUCACCGAAAGCCCCCGUUGUAUUCUGCCAUGGACUUCUUGGUUUUGAUACCGUAACCGUUGGACCUUCCCUUGCACCCUUACAGGUUGCACAUUGGCGUGGUAUCAAGGAAGCAUUGGAGGCAAAUGGCUGUGAAGUUCUUAUCACGCGGGUACCUGCAACAAGUUCCCCUGUAGAACGCGCAAAAGUUCUCGAGAAAAAGAUCUCAGAAGUUUAUCCUGGCCGUGCUGUCCAUCUCAUAGGACACAGCAUGGGCGGCCUCGAUUGUCGUUACCUCACAACACACCUCACCCAGCGCAAGUUUUCUGUGAUAAGCAUCACUACAAUUGCUACUCCACAUCGCGGCUCUUCCUUCGCGGACCACUUCAUGUCGCUCGCCUCGCAGCAUCUCCCAUCCGUUCUCGCGCUACUCGAGCUACUACCAAACGGUGGCGGCGAUGGGAAGGCAUUUGAAUGUCUUACUGUAGAAAGCAUGCGUCGGUUCAACGAAGAGACACCUGAUGCUGACGGUGUGCGCUAUUUUAGUUGGGGUGCAUGCUAUGAACCAGGGCUUAUUGAUACAUGGAAAUGGCCACAUAGUGUUAUCUUAGAGAAGGAGGGUCCGAACGAUGGGCUGGUUAGUGUCGAAUCAGCCAAGUGGGGCACAUAUCUCGGUACCCUUUCACCCGUGAACCACCUCGACCUUGUUGGAUGGACGAAUGCUGCGCGAUAUACGUGGGCCUCGAUGUGGGGAAAGGAAAUUCUUUUCAAGCCUGCUUCAUUCUACCUUGGUAUCGCAGACCUGCUGGCCGGAGUAGAGGAGAGCGAGGACGAUGAUGCUACGCUAGAGAACGGCGUGGUUGAAGGUCAUCGGGAGAGAAUGCAGCAGAACCUCUUGGGUAGUAGUCCAUCUCCCAGAUCGACGUCAAGCCCGCUGCUGAGGAUGCACCCUGCACUUGGAGAGAUGGUAUCAAAAGCGCAAGAAGAAUCAAUGUCACUACCCCAGCGUACUUCCCAACCAGCGGAAGGAUCGAGAUCUGCGACAUCCCCAGAAGCACUCUCGUCAACGAAGCAGAGAUCUCUACCCCCUACACCUCCUCAUGACGAGACACCACCUACACCACCUACAAAAUCGUCAACCCCGCCUGCACAUGUGGAAGAACGAGACUAGACUACCCUUCACGCAUUGUGCCAUACCCGUAAUUGCAAGAUUAAGUAUCUGUUAGUCGUAUUGUAUUCUAAUUGCUUACUACUGAGAUUCAGCAUUGAUUAGUAUCUCUCACGGAAUAAAACACAUUUCAUCCAA